AACCAAUGGAAAUGUGCUAUGAGACGACCGUGGGAACAUGGCGCUCCACAUAUUCCGAGCUUGCAGGAAGGAUUCUGUACUGGCAGUCCAUAGGGUGGUGUCAGCUGUGUGGCGUUUUGGCGGUCAGCGAAACCACCACGCCGAGGGAGCGCCUCUGAGAUAUGUACCACGACGAGCUGUCCUGUACGUACCAGGUAAUGAUGAGCGCAAGCUCAGGAAGUUAACCACGCUGGACGUGGACUGCGCCGUGCUGGACUGCGAAGACGGCGUCGCCCUUAAUAAAAAGGCGGAAGCACGGGAGACGGUCGUCCGGAUGCUGGCCGAGCUGGACCUGGGCCACACGGAGAAGUGUGUGCGGGUGAACUCUGCGUCUAGCGGCCUGGCCGACGCUGACCUGGAGGCUGUCCUGCAGGCGGAGGUGCUGCCCGCGGCCCUCAUGCUGCCCAAGGUGGAGGAGAGCACAGAGGUGCAGUGGUUUGUUGACAGGUUUCAGUGGCACUUAAAAAACAGAAAGCUGUUGGCGCCGAUUCGCUUAGUCACCUUUGUGGAAACGGCUGUGGGGUUGCUGAAUUUUAAGACCGUGUGCGAGGAGGCUCGCCGCCUCGGACCUGCAGCCGGCCUGCAUCACGACGGAGUGGUCUUUGGCUCGGACGACUUCUGCGCCAGCAUAGGUGCCACAAGGACCAGAGAUGCCCGAGAGCUGCUGUAUGCCCGGCAGAAAGUGGUGGUCACCACAAAGGCUUUUGGCUUGCAGGCCAUUGACCUUGUUUACAUCGACUACCAGGAUGGUGAAGGUCUGCGGCAGCAGGCCAGAGAGGGUGCACUCAUGGGUUUCACUGGCAAACAGGUCAUCCACCCAAGUCAAGUCAAAACCGUGCAGGAGGAGUUCUCCCCCAGCCUCGAGAGGGUCAAGUGGGCCGCUGAGUUAAUCGCUGCCUUUGAAGAGCACCAGAGGUUGGGAAAGGGUGCGUUCACUUUCCACGGCAGUAUGAUUGACAUGCCAUCGCUGAAGCAGGCCCAGAACAUCGUCACCUUGGCGUCGGCCGUCCCGAGGGAGUGAGCCAAGGCGGGGGGGUGGCGAGCAGCCGUCUCUGUCACCGCUUAGGGCAUCCGAUGAUAGAGUGGGAAGCACAAAGUCGUGCCCUCUGGCCAUUUGCUAAGGGUCAUCCGGUGCCAUACAAGAUCUGCGGGGCCUGACAGUAGCAUUUGCCUGAUGUCAUCCUUUAGAUAUAAAGUGUGAAAUGUAAUUGUGGUCAUUUGUGUGCUUGAAACAGGAAAAUGUUUCUCUUUCUCUCAAUUUCUGUUUAUCCCUCCCUCUCCCUCUCUCACACUCUCCGUCUGUCUGUCUCUGUCUGUAUACUCAUACACUGUGCCUGCAUGUGUGCAUGUUUGUGUGCAUACAGCGCGCUCGCUGCAAGCCUUGCUCAGGUCAGCUCCUGGGCCUGUGUUUGGCGUGCCCACCAAAAGAGGGCAAACAAACAGCCUUUCCUGCUUUCAGCCCCAGGGGUCCUCGGGACUCGUCCAGGCCUCAGCUCAUCAAAGCGCCGUUUGCCAAAGGGCCCCACUGAAUGUCCUUAAACCAACAUGGAGGGGCGCGUGCGGGCCGGCGGCCCACUCCGGACUACAGGCCUUUGUGCGGGAGGAGGUUCCGAGUCCGUGAAGUGGCAGGCGGGGCGGAUGAAUAGACCCCGGAGCAGGCGGAAGCUCUGAGCCGAGCUACGUGACAACCGCCGCGCAUACCGACGCUCGCCACAGGCUCGCCACCAGUCAUUUGUCCGCUCCGCCGUGAGCAAACAUCCGCCCUCACGGCCCGCGGGCUUCUUCACCUGCGUCCGAGACGCCCGCUUCUCGCCCUGAACACGCCCGGGAACUGAGAGGACAUGCAGCCGUUUUCUUCUCCAGCAAUGGUGACACAGCUCCAAGCGCAGCGUUUCUUAAGAAUGCUUCUUUUCAAACGAAGCCCCUGGAUGUCAUUUUAAAUAAAUGACUGUCAUUUCCACA